GGCUGGCCCUACAAAGGGGGAUAGGCUGGAGAGACAGCAGACAGACAGCAAGAGAAAGAGAGAGUGAGCAAGAGAGCGAGCAACAGAGAGAGAGAGAGAGACAGGGAUAGAGAGACGCAGACAGACGGUGCUUGCUUGCAUGCACACAGCGCAGGACAGAGGGGUGAGACGCACAGACGGAGAUCGGGGCUCUCGACUACGUUUCCUCUCCCUGCUCCUCCCAGCGUCUCUGCACAAGGAACCGGUGGACGUCCUGCAGCAUCAGAGACUCAUGCCACACAGCCGGGGAGAACGCCGGUUUCCAGUGCUGUGCGUGCGGCCAGGAGAAGGACAGCUCUAACCCUGCUGAAUAGCUGAACUUUGAUGAGAAGAGCUAGAGACAGAGAGAUAGAAAAGAGGAGACACAGUCUGGUUAUGGAUGAAUCAAGCAGAGACUUAACUGAAUAGAGUUCACUCUUGCAUCAUGGUUCAGCAAAGAGGGCACAAAUAUUCAACAGUCAUGGACAGCGCUUCAACCCAAGAGGCUUUUGUAGGACUGGGAGCUGAAGAGGGGGAUGAGGUUUUCGGGCAUGUUCCCACCAACAAGGACCCCAACUGGUGCAAGACCCCCACGGGACACAUCAAAAGGCCCAUGAACGCCUUCAUGGUCUGGUCACAGAUCGAGAGACGGAAGAUCAUGGAGCAGUGGCCAGACAUGCACAACGCCGAAAUCUCCAAGCGCCUGGGAAAACGCUGGAAGCUGCUCCCAGAUUACGAGAAGAUCCCAUUCAUCAAGGAGGCGGAGAGGCUCCGGCUCAAGCAUAUGGCCGACUACCCAGACUACAAGUACCGGCCGCGGAAGAAGAGCAAGUCCUCUGCACCGGCAAAGGCGGGAGAGAAGGUCCCGCAGAAGGCAAGCAAGUCCAGCCCGGGCCGCUCCGCCACCACCUCCACCAGCAAAGUGCUAAAGGUGAAAACCUCCACUUCCAAACACAAAGUGAACCUUAACGGCAAUAAGUACAAGGGUUAUGACGAGGAUGUGGGCGAAGAUGACGCAGUGGAUGUAAAGCUGGCCCGGGUCCCACAAGAUGAGCAGAGGAGGGCAGCCCCUGGCGACCCCCUGUCCUCCAAGGAGCAGCCACCAGCCUCCCAGCUCAAGCUCAAGGUGCCGGCGUUGCAGCCAGCCCUCCCGUCAGACAUCACCGCCCCCGAGACCGUGAAUCAGACCCCCCCGGAGUCCAGAGCGUCUGACAUCAGAGGCCCCCUCACCGGCAGGUCCUCCACGCCGACCUCCACCAGCUCUUCCUCUAUGGUGUCGUCAUCAUCGGCAGCCUCCUCCUCUGACGAGGAGCUGGACGAGGAGAUCUUGCACAUCAUAUCCAACGCCAACUUCGACAGCGUGCCCAUGGACUGCUCCUCGCUGGACAAGGACUUUGAAGCGUUUCACACCAACUCAGGAUCCCACUUUGAUUUCCCCGACUACUGCACCCCGGAAGUGAAUGAGAUGAUAUCGGGGGACUUACUUGUGCCGAGCAUCUCUGACCUGGUGUUCACCUACUGAGGUCGCACAACUUCAUCUCGCCAACAGACCUACCUAUUAAUGCCUCCCCUGUGACCACAGCAAUUCUGGUGGUUGCUGGACUCGGACACAGCACCUUUUCUCCAUUGUUUAUUUUUUUAUUAUUAUUUUGUUGUUUUGUUUUUGCAAUGAAUCCCGUAAGUGCUAUUGCUUUCGUUUUACAAGAAUGACAGAUCCCCUCCACUAAGAUACAAAAUGGCACAGGUUCCACACAGCUGAAAAAAAUUCGUCAGACAAAAAAUUCAUGAGACAAAAUCAGUUGAGAGGACAUUUUGACCAGAACAGGCAGAUUUGUGCAGCAUUCUCAUUUGCAAGUAUAGGUACUGUGAGACAAAAACUGAAUUCACAUCCAUAUGACCUUUAGUGUGAAAAGCUUUCUAAGGUGCAGUUAAGUUAGGCAAGGCUCUAUGCUUUUGUUCAAAAGCAAAAUGCAUCGACAAAUUAUUUAUAUCAUCUGCAGAAAGGGUAAUGCACGUAUUGUGUGCAUUAAUGUCAUGUCCUGAAGAUCAUUGUUACCUUAACAGUUUUAUUAUAAUCAUCAUUUACUGAACAAUGCCUGCAGCUACAGAUAACACCAUUUGAUUUUUCACUUCAGCUGUAUAAGCUGUGUAAGAAACCUUGGGUUUCCCAAACAGAAGUAAGGCACAAGACUAAUUCCAUAAUGUAAAAUGUACAUAUAUGUGUAUUUUUUGGAAAGCAAAAGGGAGUGAAAAAAUCCUCUCUUGAGGGGUGCAGCAUAUUUUCAUCUGAUUCUAAUCUGCUGCACCUGGCAGGCAUCUAAGAUUCAGAACUGAAGACCUGAGGAGAAUAUUCAGCCGGUUGAAAAUAGCUGCAGUAAAAAAAAAAUGUCAAGCAGCUCGGCUGUAACUCACUUCAUAUCCCUCUGUUAACUGGGUAAUAGCACUUUUAUCACCUGGCUAAUACUGUAGACAUUAAGAUGUAUGUAUUGUUAUAUGCAUCCCUACACAAACCCUCUGUGUGCCUGAUUUCAGUCGGUUUAGGCUCUGGUGAGGGGGGGGGGGUUAGGAGGGAGGGGGGUUGGGCAUUUUCUUUUCUGGGGAGCUGUGCAUCUGUUCAUGGAGGCAGCAGCCUUUGUGCAAGGGUCGCACUCCUGCGCUUAUCGAGCGUCUGCUAGGAGAUCAGGCGGAGGCUCAGUAAAAUGCAUGUCAUGUCUGCAGUCUGGCUCCAGCUGCCUGAUCGGGGCGAUCUGUGAAUGGAGGGAAAUCUGUGUCUGCCAGCUGUCCCCAUUGACUCUCUCAGGGAUCAUUUGUCUAGCGUUAGGUCCUAGUG